CGGGCGGGGCGGCGGCGGCGGCGGCGGGGCCGGGAUGGCGAAGCACACGGUGUCCUCGGCCCGGUUCCGCCGGGUGGACGUGGACGAGUACGACGAGAACAAGUUCGUGGACGAGGAGGAAGGCGGCGACGGGCAAGCGGGGCCCGAUGAAGGGGAGGUGGAUUCGUGCCUGCGGCAAGGGAACAUGAUGGCUGCACUACAGGCAGCUCUGAAGAACCCUCCCAUCAACACAAAGAACCAGGCAGUGAAGGACCGUGCAGAAAGCAUUGUCCUGAAGGUCCUCAUCUCUUUCAAAGCCAACGAUAUUGAGAAGGCAGUGCAGUCCCUGGACAAGAAUGGUGUUGACCUGCUGAUGAAGUACAUCUACAAAGGCUUUGAGAGCCCCUCUGACAACAGCAGUGCUGUGCUGCUGCAGUGGCACGAGAAGGCCCUGGCUGCUGGCGGGGUGGGCUCCAUUGUCCGCGUUUUGACUGCCAGGAAGACGGUUUAAGCCCAGCAGCGGGUGGUUUGUCUGCCACCCACGGCAGGGAGUGCUGGUACAAAACCCAACCACCAGAUGCCGUGGCUGCCCCGUGGGCAGCACCUGUCUCUCCCAGCUUGCCUUCUUGCAGCUUCUUUCCUACCUGACGAAUAAUGCAUAUCGUGUCUUCUUUUGUUCAAUUCUGGAAAAUGAUGAAGGUGCAAUGUUACUUCUAACAGGAAUAUUUGGUACUUGUGAACGUUUCAGUGACAGGUAUAACGACACAUACAGCUUCAUGUUUAGGAUGAUUUGCAUUUGUGUAUAAUUAUGGCAGAUUUUGACCUGACUUUCUGAGCAAGUGCUGAGGGACAUAGGGCAAUGUCUUAAUUCUUUUUGCUAGCCAAGCAGUGCUUUGAUAUAAGAUCUAUAUUUAAGAAGUGGGGCAGCUAUCCUAUAGGUAACUGGACCAUGUUUCCUUUGGUCAACCUCUGAACCUGCAUCCGGGAACAGGACAGAAAGGAAAAGCUCCCUUCCAACCCCCAUUAUCAUUCCAGAGAGCUGGGUUUUUAAUUCCUGAACCUCACAUCUCACAGCCUGUUCUGGUUCCUUGUGAUUGGUCCAGUGCUGGGACCACAGAGGGAUGAAAUCAUCCAUCAUGCAGUUGGGAUGGCAGAAUUUAAAAGGUUGAUGGUCCAUUUACACUGGAGCCCAGCCCAGUGAUCUCUUCUUAUCUGGGGGAGAAAAGAUGCUGGAGCAGAAAAAGCAGCUUUCACACAUCAAAUCACCUUCCAGCAACUUGAAAGGGAUUUGAUUUUUGUCAAGCACAACAAAGCAGCUGCCUGGCAGCACCUAAGAAACGCACACUGGUAUCCACACCAAACUUCCAAAGCUCCCAUAUUUUUGUGUUCUAGAUCUACAGGGUCUCAAAGGAUACCAGACAGUUCACAUUCCUGUUGUGUUGUGCCACAGUGUGUCAGCUGGUGGGUGAAACAGCUUCCAAAAUAAAGAGGAGGAAUUCUAAAGGAAUUAGGAAAAGCCCAGGGCACCCCAGAUCAGCAUUGAAGGUUUAGGACCAGGACUAAAAUACAUGUCUUUUACACUUACCAUUUUACUGCAGCUCAGUUGUGUAAAACUGUUGGGGAACUUGUGAAAUCUUUGCUGGUUUUUGAUAUCUGCUUUUUUUGUAAUAAUAAUAAAAGACCAGACAAUAAAUUGUCACUGAAUAUUUACUCACUGCCUGAGCUAUUUCAUAGCAGGCUGCUGUUCAAGGACGGACAAGAAUAAAAAAGCAAGCCCUAAAA